AUGGCUCCACAUUUGCUUCACGGGACGUUGCAUGCAACCAUAUAUGAAGCCGACGAAUUACAGGGUGGAUUCAAUUUUGGGUUAUGCAGCACGGCUGGUUUCUACCCACAAAACAGGAGCAAAAAAUUCUUAUCACAACUCAAGAGAUUUGUGUUCUGCCGCCCAGAGGUCGUCGGCUCCCGGCUGUAUGCAACCAUCGACCUAGAAAGGGCCCGAGUCGGCAGAACACGAGUUAUCCAAAACGAGCCAUCUAAUCCCCGUUGGUAUGAAGAAUUUCACAUAUACUGUGCCCACACAGUCUCCAACAUCGUCUUCACUGUCAAAGACGGCAACCCGAUCGGAGCCACCUUGAUCGGGCGGGCCUACCUUCCGGUCGAGGAAAUUAUGGCCGGCCACAUGGUGGACAGGUGGAUCGACAUCCUAGACGAGGACCACAAUCCCAUCCACGAAAACUCCAAGAUCCACGUCAAACUGUUGUACGUCAAGGUCACUCAGGAGACGAACUGGUCGGGAGGCCUUAGAGCCCCAUCCUUUGCCGGCGUGCCCUACACGUUCUUCAGGCAAAGGCCCGGCUGUCGGGUCACCCUCUACCCGGACGCUCACGUGCCGGACGACAGCAUCACGAAAUAUCUCGAGUCGGAGGGGUAUUACGAGCCGGGUAGAUGCUGGGAGGAUAUAUUCGACGCGAUCACCAAUGCCAAGCACUUGAUAUACAUAACCGGGUGGUCCGUGUACACGAGGAUCACCCUGGUGCGGGACCCGCAGAGGCGGAGGAGUCCCGCAACUCUUGGCGAACUACUGAUUAAGAAGGCGAAUGAAGGGGUCAAUGUGUUGAUGCUCGUGUGGGACGACCGAACGUCCGUUCUGGAUUUCAAGAAAGACGGCCUAAUGGCGACCCAUGAUCAGGAGACCAAGGCGUUUUUCGAGGGCACGAGGGUUCGGUGCAUGUUGUGCCCUCGUAAUCCAGAUGGUGGGGCCAGCAUCUUGCAGGGAUUCGAGGUUUCGACCAUGUUCACUCAUCAUCAAAAGACGAUCGUGGUCGACAGCCAACGGACCUCGGGAGGGAAGAGACGCAUCGUAAGUUUCUUGGGUGGGAUCGACCUUUGCAACGGGCGUUACGACACGAGGGGUCACUCCCUUUUCCGGACAUUGGAUUCGGUUCACCGGGACGAUUUCCACCAGCCCAACUUCCCGAGCUCGUCUGUUGCUAAGGGAGGGCCGAGAGAGCCGUGGCACGACAUCCACUGCAGGGUCGAGGGGCCGGCCGCCUGGGACGUGCUCUACAAUUUCGAGCAGAGGUGGGCUAAGCAGGUGGGCAACAAGUUCAUAUUCUCCAUGAACGAGCUCUACAGGUUUAUUGUCCGUCCGGAAGAAGCUAUCUCCCCGGACGACCCAGAGAGGUGGAGUGUCCAGAUAUUUCGAUCAAUCGACGGUGGGGCUACCGCCGGAUUCCCAGAGAAGCCGGAGGAGGCGGCGGCAUUGGGGCUCGUGAGCGGGAAGGACAAUGUGAUCGAUCAGAGCAUACAGGACGCGUACAUCCAUGCAAUUCGUCGGGCGAGGAACUUCAUAUACAUUGAGAAUCAGUAUUUCAUAGGGAGCUCCUUCGACUGGAGGAGAAAGGCUGACGACAUUACGAUCGAGGACAUAAACGCGCUGCACCUGGUGCCCAAGGAGCUGUCGCUUAAGAUUGCUAGUAAGAUACGUGCAGGGGAGAGGUUCACGGUGUACGUGGUGAUCCCGAUGUGGCCGGAGGGGAUACCGGAGAGCGGCUCAGUUCAGGCGAUUCUCGACUGGCAGAGGAGGACGAUGGAGAUGAUGUAUGCCGAUAUUGCAAAGGCAGUAGGGGAGAAGGGACUUCAUGGAGUGGAUCUCAGGGAGUAUCUGACCUUUUUCUGCCUUGGCAAUAGGGAGGUUAAGAAGGCAGGGGAGUAUGAGCCGCCGGCUGGGCCUGAUCCUAAUACGGAUUACCAUAGAGCUCAACAGUCGAGACGGUUCAUGAUAUACGUUCAUUCCAAAAUGAUGAUCGUGGAUGAUGAAUACAUAAUCAUCGGGUCAGCCAACAUCAAUCAAAGAUCGAUGGACGGUGGAAGGGACUCAGAGAUUGCAAUGGGUGGGUUCCAACCAGGCCACCUGGCCAGUAACAAUAGGGCAGCAGCAGCAUCAGCAAGGGGUCAAAUAUUCGGCCUCCGAAUGGCCCUAUGGAGUGAGCACCUUUUACGCGAGGAUGACACGUUUCUUGAUCCAGGGAGCCUUGAGUGCGUGCGGACUGUGAAUGCAAUUGCCGAUGAGAGUUGGAAGUUGUACUCGAGCGACACGUUUGAGGAGGACCUUCCGGGCCAUCUUCUUAGCUACCCCGUUCAUGUGUCGAGCAAUGGCGAGAUUGGGGUGCUCCCAGGGUUCGAGUUUUUCCCGGAUACCAAAGCACGAGUGCUCGGGACUAAAUCGGAGUAUCUUCCUCCCAUACUCACUACGUGA